AUAUUCCUUCGCAGUGUGAAGUGCCAGCGACUGAUGACAGCCUCAGACCAGAACGCCGACCAUGCUAGCUACUAGUGAAGCGUAACUCUUCCACUUCAUAAAAAGAAGGCCCGCCGCGAGGAAGGGAGCGGAGAAAGCCCGCCGCGAAGAGGGCUUCCGGAAAAUGGCGAAGAAUUUUCUCGACGUCGCGACGAGAUCGCUCAAUCACAGAUUUGUUACCAGCCGCGCUCUCCUGUGCGCUUUUGAAGCGUCGCUCAACUCUGCGAGAGCGGCGCCCGUGCACAGGUUUAGUGCUAGAGAGCUGUGCUCGUCCUCAGAAGAAGCAGACGGCCGGCGAUCCCCGCAAGUUGCAGACGGCCGGCGAUCUCCGCAAGAAACGGACGGCCGGCGAUCCCCGCCGAUAUUCGAGCUGCGGACGUACCGCAUAGUCCCCGGCGAAUUAAAGAGCUAUUUAGACGCGACGCGGAGAUUCGCGGCGCUGCGGAAAGAGCUCAGCCCGGGAUGGCGCGGCUUUUGGACUGUUGAGACGGGAGGCGUGCUGAAUGAAGUUUACCACUUCUACUGCUACCCUGGUGGGUGGGGGGAGCGAGACGCAGUGAGGGCAGGAAUGGCAAGCAGCAGCGAGUGGACGCAGUGCGGGCAGGAAUGGCAAGCAGCAGCGAGUGGACGCAGUGCGGGCAGGAAUGGCAAGCAGCAGCGAGUGGACGCAGUGAGGGCAGGAAUGGCAAGCAGCAGCGAGUGGACGCAGUGAGGGCAGGAAUGGCAAGCAGCAGCGAGUGGACGCAGUGAGGGCAGGAAUGGCAAGCAGCAGCGAGUGGACGCAGUGAGGGCAGGAAUGGCAAGCAGCAGCGAGUGGACGCAGUGAGGGCAGGAAUGGCAAGCAGCAGCGAGUGGACGCAGUGAGGGCAGGAAUGGCAAGCAGCAGCGAGUGGACGCAGUGAGGGCAGGAAUGGCAAGCAGCAGCGAGUGGACGCAGUGAGGGCAGGCAUGGCAAGCAGCAGCGAGUGGACGCAGUGGAUGGGAGGAGCGAGAUGCUGUGCGAGCAGGCAUGGCAAGCAGCAGGGAGUGGACGCAGGAGUAUUUGCCUCUGGUGAAACCAGCAUUUCAGACACAGGAGUCCAGCAUAUUCCUGGAAGAUUCCAAAUGCAUGGAGGCAGUAGCAGCAGCAUCACCACCCUCACCAUCACCACCACCAUCACCAUCACCACCACCAUCACCACCACCACCACCAUCACCAUCACCACCACCAUCACCAUCACCAUCACCAUCACCAUCAUCACCAUCCCCAUCACCAUCACCAUCACCAUCACCAUCCCCAUCACCAUCCCCUGGGGUGUACGCGUUGCAUCGCUACCCAUUGAGAGGAGCUCUUGGGGAUUCCAUGGUUGCCCUCCGAGAAGCGUUUCUCAAUCGCCUUUCUGCUCGCUGCGUGGCUGCUCCUUCUUCUCAAUGCCUCUUCAUUGGCUACUCGGAUGCCGGUCCGCGCAGUGCCCUAGAGCUGUGGCGCCACAGCAGCACUACAGACUGCCACUUGUCUGAUCAGGCUUGGGGCUCGACUAUCGAUUCUUUGAAGCUCUCCCCACCAGAGAUUAAAUUCAGCAAUAAGCAGAUUCUAAGACCCACAGCGUUCUCUCCUUGGCAAUAAUAUACCAUGACUGGCAAUCACCUGGACUCUUAAGACUCAAUUUCAGGUUUGCUGGUAUUGAACACUGUCCUGUAAGAAUACGCCCUAAGAGCACGACGUUGGUCUUGAUUUCUGCCUAUGGCAUAUUCAGUUGGUAGAUUGGAGAGAGAGGUUGGGAUCAAGGGGGGAAGAGACAAGGCAGAUGAAAGACAC